AUAUAGUGACUGCAGGGUCUGGGGAGACCAGAUAUAAUGAAUGGGGGGUCCGGGAGAGCAGAUAUAGUGAAUGCAGGGUCCGGGGAGACCGGAUAUAGUGAAUGCAGGGUCUGGGGAGACCAGAUAUAGUGAAUGCAGGGGUCUGGGGAGACCAGAUAUAGUGGAUGCAGGGUCCGGGGAGACCAGAUAUAGUGGAUGCAGGGUCCGGGGAGACCAGAUAUAGUGAAUGCAGGGUCCAGGGAGACCGGAUAUAGUGAAUGCAGGGUCCGGGGAGACCAGAUAUAGUGAAUGCAGGGUCCGGGGAGACCA